UAAACAUCACAUGGACUUUGUCAGCGAGAGACGCCCCUUCCUCUCAGCUUUUCAUGUAAUACUCGCUUUCCAGGCCUCAGGGAGGAAAGCUGACCAUGGCUGAGAUACAUAUUCCUGAGAAUGACGAUCCAGAUGGUGUUGUCGUAGCAACGGUAGCCACAAGAGCUGCCAGGAAUAGAGAGAGAAGUGCGAGUGCCAGAAAUCAUCGCCCUGGGCCUGUGGUGGGGCUUAUUACACCUCGGAUCCAUGAAGGGGACACGGAGGAAUUAUUGCCUAAUGUUGAGCUCGCUGAGGAUCCCGACCAAGAUCUCUUCAUGUCGUGUCAGCUCACGAGCUCAUUCGGGGAAGAAAAGGGAAUCACGUGGUAUAAAGCAAUGUUUUUGAUAGUCAAUGCAGCAUUAGGUGCUGGGCUUCUUAAUUUCCCAAGAGCAUUCCAUGAAGCAGGUGGAAUUGUUUCCGGGAACUUAGUUCAUAUUAUAUUCACCUCCUUUGCCCUUGGCUCUCUCAUUAUCAUUGCAAGGUGUGCAAGUGAGAGAAAUUGUAAAACAUACCAAGAGUUGAUUCUGCACAUGUGUAGCCCGGGAUGGAAUGUGGUAGCGUCUGUGUGUAUCUCCAUCUACUGCUUCGUCACCUGCAUCACGUUCAUCAUCAUCAUUGGAGACCAGUUUGAUAGAGCUUUUGCCUCAUUUAUUGGGAAGGAUUUCUGCCAUUCAUGGUACUUGAACCGCAAAUUCACCAUGACUAUUUCGUCGCUGUUGCUUAUCUUCCCUUGCUGCUUCAAGCGAAUAGAUGGACUAAGGUUUAUGAGUUAUGUGGGUGUCCUUGCCAUCUGGUACUUAAUGGCGGUGAUUGUAACUGAAUUCUACACCAAGAGUUACCCCAAGGGACCUGUGCUCGUCUAUGAUCUGGAGUGGUCUCAGAUAUUCAACGUAGUACCAACUAUAUGCUUUGGGUACCAGUGUCACGUAAGCAGUGUCCCAAUAUAUUCGUGCCUGAAGCAACGAGAUUCACAGACUUUUACUAAAGCCUGUGUAUCUGCAGUCUUCGUGUGCUUGCUUGUGUACACAAUAUCGGCCAAUUAUGGAUAUUUGACGUUUGGUUCUCUUGUUAACGCGGAUGUCUUGCUCUCCUAUGAUGCUUUGGAGCCGCAGGUUCUCAUUGCUGACAUCUUGCUGGCUGUGAAAUCAUGGACAACGUAUCCCAUUCUGUUGUUUUGUGUGAGGGAAGCCAUGGGAGAUUUGUACGUGCAAGUGAGAUCUCUCUCUCCAGCGGAAGCAUCAGUGAAGGAACCGCUGAGACGGAAGGUGAUUGCCGUGUUUCUUUGGGCAACUUCCAUAGUAUUCGCUGUUUUCACGCCAAACAUUAACAUUGUUGUGAAGCUCCUUGGAAGUCUGGCUGCAAUAUUCAUCUUUGUCUUCCCUGGUAUGUGUAUGGUGCAGCUUGUGUUGGCUGACAUAGAAAUCAAUGGAACAGCAAGACGAAGCCGAAAUGUUACAUUGUUCGUGGUAGCAGCUGCGUACAUUGUUGUGGGAAUGUUUGCCUUUGGCCUGGCUUUUACUUUGGGCAUUCAACACAUACUUCAUCCUGAUAGUGUUGUGCCGAUAUGCAAAUGAGGAAUGUAAACUCUCUAUGCGUGCAGACAUUGUCCUUGAUGUCCGGAUAUGUGAAUCCAUCGAUGUUCUGCUUUUUGCAUGUGUGAAUGUAUAGUUUUUAUCAUUUUUUUUGCGUAUGUAUUUUAUUCUUGUCUUGGCAGUGAAUGGAUUUCUUUUCUUCUACUUUUAAUACAUAUUUACUUUUAUAAAUAUGAAGGAUAAUAUUAGUGUGAGUGUUUAAGUGUUUUAUUAAGAAUUAAAUUUGCUCAAAGCUAGAGAGUGAAGGCAGUAAGUGGAUGAAGGAAAAGUUGUGUGAGAGGUUCUAUUUUAAACUUUCAUUUUUAUAUAUAUUUUUUUGACAUCAUGAUCUUUUUGAUUGUGGUAUUAAAAGAUUUUAGUAUUUGCUUGACUUGAAUACAUAUAUAUAUAUAUAUUUGCAUUGUAUUUUUAUACAAAAAUCUUUAAUUCUCAGUUGUAUAUGAUUAGUGUUUAAUUAUAAGGUUGACGAUGCCUAUGAGUGAGAAAAACAUAUAGGAAAGAAAGGUGACAAUUUUACACAGAUGGGAUGAAGGUACAUGAAAAAACACACACACACACACACACACACACACACACACACACACACACACACACACACACACACACACACACACACACACACACACACACACACACACACACACAAACACACACACACACACACACACACACACACACACACACACACACACACACACACACACACACACACACACACACACACACACACACACACACGGAUAUACUGUUACACUGACAUGCCUAAGGAGAGGCAGCAAUAUUUUAUUUUUUUUUCGGGUAAAGUUAUUAUUGAAUUUAUGUUUUAAAAACAUUUUAUAAUAUAUAUCUAUUGAUACAUAUAUGUAUAUUCAAGAUAAUUUUUCAAAUGAGUUUUGUCAUAAUGAAAAAAACAAGACAUUAUUGAUAAAUGAGUUAUGGUAUAUAGAAGUUUUGAGAAAGAGAAUUAAAUAAUAGAUUAUGGGACAAAUAUAUUUAUGAAUAAUGUACCUUAUCUAUGUGAUUUUUUCAUCUGUAUAAUGUCAUAAUGCUUUAAGUGCCUUCAUAAUUCAGAAAAUACUUGAGAAUGUAUGAGCUACUUUUAAUUCUGAUCCCAAUGAGGAUUCAAAAAAAUCAUUUAAUAGUAUGACAUUGUACUGUUUGUUUUUAGCAUUGUGUGAGCAGUCAGUAUUACAUUUGGUAUAACAGAUGCAGUAUGUAUAUAGAUGUAUAUGUAUGUAUGUAUAUGUAUGUAUUGCAUAUCAGUGUCACAGAAAGAUAUUUAAAGAUAUAUCUCAGUGAAUUUUCAUUUGUUUAGUAUUCUCUUGAAACUCAUGAUUUCCCAAAUAUAUUUUUUUAGUUGGUAAAGUAAUGAUAUUCCUUUUGUAACUUCUGCAUUGUUACUGUACUUACUUGGAGAUUUUGUUGAAUAAUUCAUGAUUUCACUAGGCUUCUGUCUUCACAUAUUUGUUAAUGCAGAUAUCAUACUAUUUAAGACUACAGAUGGAAACAUAAAUAAAAAGCACCCAUUAAAUGCCCAAAGAUGUUUCUGUACUUCAAGAUUCUCUCUGUAUUGAAUAAUGUUUUUAUGGGUUUCACGAUACAUAGUGAUAUUAAAAGCUGUCGUAUUAUGCUACUUAAUUCCACCUGAUCUGAUGUUAGUUGCUACACUAUUAUUUUCUGUUGUAUUUCUCUUAAACUGAUUGUUGUUUGGUGACAAGGAGUUGGUAUUCCAGGUGAUAAUAUCUUGACGCAUAGUGUAGAGCAAGUCUUCAGGUAAGUCAUUAUGUAUUUUCUUCCAUGGCUUUGUGCCUUAUAAAAGAAAUUAGAGUAUAAGGAUAACUGUAAAAAAGAGAAUGGGAAAGACAGUCUUUCUUUUAAUUUAUUUAUUUUGUUUUUGUGGUAAUUAUUAUUGGUAAUGUUUUUAAGGGAUCAGGUAAAUAAGUAAAUAUGGGAGAGAAAAGAUUAUGGAGCUAAUUUUGUAGCUGAUCUAUUUGUUAAUUAGAAAUUUUGGCAAGAAUUAUAUUUCUUUGUUUAUAUUGGUACAUUUACAUUCUCUAAUUUGACGAUUUUUAAAUUAAUUUGUAUGAGUGUUUUUCAUAUUGAGAUUUGCUCUAUCCAUAUAAGUAUAUAGAUUUUCUAUAUGAUCUGAAUAAAAUAUAAUAUAUAAUCCUGAAACUGG